AUGGUAAAGUAUGCUGGUAAUAUAUGUCCAAGAGUUCAGUUAGCUUUAGAGAAGAAUAAGAAGUUUGCUGAAAGUUGGUCUCCAACUUGGUAUGGUGAUGAUGACAUGGCUAUUUUUGGUGUAACAAGUGGUAUAGAAACUUACUAUGUCAACAUCAAAGAAGGUACAUGUGCUUGUAGGAAAUGGGACUUAACUAGGAUUCCUUGUAGCCAUACUAUAACAUGUAUAUGGCAUAACAAGAAACAUCUUGAAGAAUUUGUUUAUGAGUAUUAUAGGAAGACAACUUUCCAGAACACAUGCUCUCACAUCAUAUAUCCUACAAACGGCCCUCAACUAUGGCUUGUAGAUGGUAUAUUGAUUGUCAAUCCACCAGUGAUGAGAAGGGCAAUUGGACGUCCGAAAAAGCUGAGGAACAAGAGCAAUGAUGAACCAAAGAAUCCACAUGUUCUGCGAAGAAAGAUAACAACUGUCACUUGUACAAAAUAUGGAUCCAUGGAGCAUAAUAAAAGAACAUGUAAAGGGAAGAGAGCAGCAGAUAGGGUUAUGCCAAAGGGAGGUGUUGCGGUGAGAAUCAGAUAUCAAGCUAUUGGAUUUAACUUGAAUAACAAAUCAUGA